GAAGAACCUGAAACUUUGCAUCAAUUUGAAGAACCAGCACACAUUCUCUGGAAAUCGCUUCCUCCAACUCCGUGAUCGAUCAUCAACUGCCUUGUGAUUCGAGUUUUGAUCUUCUCAUUUAGAAUGCAAAUUAUUAGCAUCCAUCAUCUAUUUAGCUACGAUCAUGAUUGAUUAUGCUCUCUCCCUCUUUCCCUAUGGAAAUUUUUCUGUUAAAUCCAAACUAGAAAGAAAAUCGCAUUCUAUCGUUUUAUAAUCUGUUUCGCUUUCUCUCGCUCUAAAAUUGUUUUUCCUUUUCUUUAGGUUUCUUAUCUAGAAUAAUUUAUUUUUGGUUUUAACGGUAUUCUUUCCAAAGCUGCAAUAUUAUCUAGAUGUUUUUUCUUCCAAAUGUUUCAAAACUAUACUUGAUGUCGAAAUCUAUUAGAAUUUUAAAUGAAAAUUGAGAUUUGAAAUGAGUGUGGUAGUGCUCGAGUCCUAAUUUCCGUUCCAUAUCUCAAUUUUGGUUCAACGUUCUAUUCCUUAUCUAUUCCUACUCCAAUUUCGAUGAUAGUUUUGAAACGUUUUCGAUGAUCAAGAUAAUAUUGCAACUUCUUUGAAACGAUGAACAUGUAAAAGUUUGAAGAUAUGUGUGUAUAUUUAUUUGUAAUUUAGCUUAUGAUAUGCAAUCCUUUUGAAGAGAGAAAAAGACAGAAGAAAGCAUAAGAAAGAAAGGAAAAGAAUUCCAACAUGCUUUGGUGUUUGUAUCCAUUCAAUCUCCUGAUAUGGCAUGUCACUGUCUUGGCCUUGGGGACUGAAGAACCUUUUUCUUUGUGAGACAUUAAAGUUCUAAUGGCAGGGCCUGAUUAUCAAGCCAAUCAGGAAAAGAAUGAUCUUCUGCAGAUUUUGGCAGCUCAAGGGGUUGAAUUCCUUCUCUCUGGUCAAGAAAAGGUGUCUCCAAUAAUAUGUGCAGGGAAGAUGAUUUGCCUGUUCUUUUCUGCAAACUGGUGUAGACCUUGCAGGACUUUCACUCCACUGUUGGUUCAACUCUAUAACACUCUGCAAAAGAGAGAUGAAAAGCUAGAGAUUAUAUUCAUCUCUUUGGACCAUGAUAAGAAUGAAUUUGAACAAUACCUCCAGACCAUGCCAUGGCUCGCUGCACCAUACGACACCGAGCUGCAGAAACAAUUGUGCGACAAGUACCAUGUCGAUCGUAUCCCGUCAUUCGUUCCACUUUGUGGAGAUGGGAUUUCAAAACAAGAUGACUUGAUUGGCUUUAUUGAAGAUUAUGGUGCUGAAGCAUUUCCGUUUACAAGGAAGAGGAGACAAGAACUUAAGGCAAUGGACCGUGCCAAGCGUGUCGAAGGAAGACUCGAAGACCUCUUGGGAAACAGAGGACUUAACUAUGUUAUUUCCAGACAUGGAGGAAAGUUCAUCUCAUUGCAGACACCAAUAUCUCAGCUAGUUGGUAAGACAAUAGGCCUUUAUUUUGGUGCAUAUUGGAGCCCUCCAAGUCGUUCAUUCACAGCAAAACUUUCCAAAGUAUACAAGGAAAUCAUGGACAAAACAGAAGAUCACUCUUUAGAAGUAAUCUUGGUAUCCACAGACCGAAACCUCGUCGAGUUCAAACUCAACGUAGCAGACAUGCCAUGGCUUGCAAUCCCCUAUGAGGACGAGAGCCAGCAAGAGCUCUACAGGAUCUUCGACGUCAAGACGAUUCCGACACUAGUCCUGAUCGGGGCCGACGGAAAGCCAGCGAGCGAGAACGGGAGAGGCUUGGUUUGCUUGUAUGGAGCAGAGGCAUUCCCAUUUACAGAAGAAAGAAUAGAGGAAUUGGAAGCAGCGGUGAAAAAGGAAGGGGAGGAAUUGGCUUCAAAGGUGGAGGAUAUAAAGCAUGAACAUGUGCUGAAAUUGGAGUUGGCGAAAGCCUAUGUGUGUGAUUUUUGCAAAAGGCAAGGCAGGUUUUGGGCAUUUUCUUGUGAUGCUUGUGAUUAUGAUCUUCAUCCAAGUUGUGUUCACCUCAUUAGCAAUGUAUAAAAGUAGUCAUAAAGUUUGAAGAAACUCAAAACUAAAUUAAAUAAGUUAUGAUUAUUUUUUUAAUUUUUAA